AUGGCAUCCGUGACUGCUGCUCGAAUGUCAACUGCUGUUCCUCAAACAGGAAUGAAACAAACUCCAGUUUCAUUCAGUAUCACUCCAACAAGUUUUCAGCAAAUUCCAGAAGGAAAAUACACUGCAACAGUAUACUCUUUUAUUCGAGAUGGUCGUUUUCACGAUGUCAUCAAGAUCCUCUCUAAUGAAAUUCAAGUCUCACCUAAAAGUCGUGCUGCGUUGAGUUUAUUGGCUUAUUGUCAUUACCACGUUCAAGACUUUCAUGCUGCUUCCGACUGGUAUGAAUCAUGGUUGGCAUACUGUCUUGUAUUUUUGUUUGGUAUCAUUUAUCUGACAGUAUGUUGUAGCUACGAGCAACUUAUUCGUUUGUUUCCAGACGCAGUGGAUUAUAGAUUAUUUUAUGCCCAGUCGCUCUUCAAAUCUGCCAAUUAUCCUGCUGCUCAAAAGGCGUGUCAGAGUAUCGAUGCACCUCAACUGGCUGGAAAACUUUUAAAGUUACAGGCUGCCAUCAAGUAUGAAAUGGAUGAUUUGUCUGGAUGCAAAGCCUUUGUUGAUCAGGCUCCACAAGACGAUCCAGAUACGUUGGUCAAUCAAGCUUGCCUUUUAUUUAAAGAAUUGAAAUAUGAAGAAGCGUGCAUCAAAUACACCGAGGCUUCAAAAAUUGUUGGCUAUAAUGCAGAAAUUCUAUAUAAUAUUGCUUUAUGCCAUUACAUGAUCAAGCAAUAUGUUCACGCACUUAAACAUAUUGCUGAAAUCAUUGAAAAAGGAAUCAGAGAGCAUCCCGAUGAAGGUGCACGGGAGGCAUUGACAGAUAUGCCACCACGACAAGAACAUGAACUGGAUCAUGUCACUCUACAUAAUCAAGCUUUGAUGAAUAUGGACGAAAACCCAAGUAUUGGAUUUGAAAAACUUGGGUUUCUUCUUCAGCAAGUUCCGUGUCCGCCCGAAACAUUUGGCAACCUUCUUUUACUUUAUAUCAAGUACGAGUACGUGGACUCUGCUGCAGAUCUGUUGGCUGACAACUCACAUUUGGCUGCAUCUCAUUUGAGUCCGUACCUUUACGAUUUUCUCGAAGCAACACUACUCAAACAUACGGCUCCUGAAGAGGCGUAUAAAAAGUUUGAUGAUUUAGCCAAUAAGCAUAUUGACGUGCUGCGUAAGCUUACCAAAAAAGUUCAAGAAGCUCGUCAAAACCACGACGAUGAAGUAGUAAAACAAAUUGUUACAGAUUAUGACGAGGCUGUUGAUAGGUAUAUUCCGAUUCUAAUGGCACAGGCUAAAAUUUACUGGGAAAUGGAUACAUACAACAUGGUUGAAAAGAUUUUCCGUAAAAGUGUUGAAUUUUGCAACGAACACGAUGUCUGGAAGCUAAAUGUCGCUCAUGUGCUUUUCAUGCAAGAGAGUAAAUACAAAGAAGCCAUUUCGUUUUACGAGCCCAUUGUUAAAAAAAACUAUGACAAUAUUCUGGAUGUUACAGCAAUUGUGCUUGCAAAUCUAUGUGUGAGUUAUAUUAUGACGUCGCAAAACGAAGAAGCAGAGGAUCUUAUGCGCCGGAUUGAAAAGGAAGAGGAAAGGGUUGCAUACGAAGAUCCCAACAAACGCACGUAUCAUUUGUGUAUUGUCAACCUGGUGAUUGGUACGCUGUAUUGCGCCAAAGGAAACUACGAAUUUGGAAUUAGCAGAAUUAUGAAGAGUUUGGAGCCAUUUAACAAAAAGUUGGGAACAGACACCUGGUUCUAUGCAAAAAGAUGUUUUGUAUCUCUGUUUGAAACACUUGCCAAACACAUGAUUAUUCUACGAGAUACUGUGUUUCAAGAAAUACUCGAGUUUUUUGAUACGUGCGAAACACAUGGUCGCUAUAUCCCUGUUGUGAUUGACCCACUUUCACCAGAUGCAAACCAGAGUCCAACUGGGCACCGAAUUCUCGACGAGGACAUGCCACCAUUUGAUAGUACACACAAUACUGUGAGUUCUGAAGCACGUCUGCUCAAGAGUCUUUUUUUAAGACUGUAUGAUUAA